GGCACAACGAAGCUGAAGCUGACCAAGUAAACAUCAUCAUAUUGUCGUGCCUAAAGAGCCUCAUGCGAUCAACGUUUUAGCUUGCUUACACGAUACCCAAUUAUUCGUAUAGACAUUUUCUAUAACUGGCAUUAAACCACAUUAUCUAUUGCAUAGGUAUAUACUAUAAGCAACGAGUAACAAAUCCUCUUUAAAGCUUCAUUACCUACCUGGGCAGCUAAGGUAGUAAACACCCCCCUAUGUAUUAAACGCAGCAGCAAUCAUCUCCAAGUCUAACUUGACUAAACAAUCAUCCGCAAUACCCCAAUAGUUAUAGAUAGACUUGGAUAAUUGCCCCUCCUCUAUACUACCAUAAAUACCUAUAUACUAUAUAUAACUCUAUUUCCCACCCCAUGAGUCCAUUCAGCGCAACCAAUAACCUCUCCGGAACCGAAACCCUCCACAUCCACCUCCGACUCUCACAAUACAGAGAGGAAACCAGUCCUCCUGUUUCCAUGCCCCUCCCUCCGGCAACCACGCCAGUACCCCAACCGGUCUUUAUGCCCGGUAUGUCUCACGCCGCGGAAUCUCCGGCUCCGGCUCCGGCCCCGUCCGCCAUCCCCACGCGGCCGAAGGACGACGAGACAACCGACGACAAAAACCAGGACCCCUCUUCCCCCGCCACCUCGCUCCCGCGCCUACGUCUCCACGUCCAAGACGUCGCACACCCAGGGUCCUCGAUAUUCCUCUCCUCCGUGAACGCCGCCACCGUGCUCCGCAGCAGCAUCGACUCCAUCCACGCGCACCUAUACUCGCAACCCCCUUCCUCGCCCCCGCCCACGCGCUCCGUAACCCUCGUCCUGCGAGACAUGGACGGCGUAGCCUACACGACGGGCUCGGACCUCGACCCGGACCACAAGGAAAUCCACUUCUCGCUCCGGUACAUCUCCUCCAUCGCCCCGUCGUCGCGCCAAUCCGCCGAGAUCCGCGGCGUCCUGCUGCACGAGCUCGUCCACUGCUACCAGUGGAACGGACGGGGUCGCGCGCCGGGCGGCCUGAUCGAAGGCGUGGCCGACUGGGUGCGCUUGCGAUGCGAUCUUGCGCCGCCGCACUGGAGCCGGGAGCAGGUCCCCGCAAAAUGGGACGUCGGGUACCAGGGCACGGCCUAUUUUCUAGAAUACCUCGAGGACCGGUUCGGCAAGGGGACUAUACGCCGGAUGAAUGAGAAGCUGCGGAAGGAAAGGUACGAGGAGAAGGCGUUCUGGACCGAGCUAGUUGGGGGGCCGGUAGAGCAGUUGUUUGAGGACUAUAAGAAGACAUUACUAAAGGGCGGGCAGAAGGAUUAAGAAAGUUUGGCCACCACUAAGCAUUACGGGAGUUACAAGGGUAGAGGAUACCGAUAGAGAGAUGACUAGAAUGCCUUAGAGACCGGGCGUAAGAGUUGACGGAA